AACUAAUUAUAAUUAAAAUAGAAGGUUUGAAGGGCGGAUGAUGAACCCCCAGAGCACCCGGCGGGAAAGGUUUCUAGGGUUCUAAGAGCUCUGCAUUCGACAAGCUCACCGGGAAGAAUGGCGUCGACCGGACAGCCACAAUCGUCGGCGAAGAGACCUAAUUCAGCAAUAACAAGAGAAGCAGACCGGCUUAUCAUAACUCCUCUAGGGGCCGGGAGUGAAGUGGGCCGGUCAUGCGUAUACAUGUCUUACAAAGGGAAAACAGUUCUGUUUGACUGUGGGAUUCAUCCGGCUUACUCUGGCAUGGCCGCCUUGCCAUACUUUGACGAAAUUGACCCUUCAACUGUUGAUGUCCUUUUAAUCACCCAUUUUCAUUUGGAUCAUGCUGCUUCCCUCCCAUAUUUUCUUGAAAAGACUACAUUUAAAGGGCGAGUUUUCAUGACCCAUGCUACAAAGGCAAUUUAUAAGUUGCUACUAUCAGAUUUUGUUAAAGUAAGCAAAGUCUCUGUUGAAGACAUGCUAUUUGAUGAAACGCACAUAAACAAAUCUAUGGAAAAAAUUGAGGUGAUUGACUUCCAUCAGACAAUGGAAGUAAAUGGUAUCCGUUUUUGGUGCUACACUGCUGGUCAUGUUCUUGGUGCAGCCAUGUUUAUGGUUAGCAUUGCCGGAGUUCGAGUUCUUUAUACCGGAGACUACUCUCGUGAAGAAGAUAGACAUCUUCGUGCUGCAGAGCUCCCUGAGUGCUGUCCAGAUAUUUGUAUUAUUGAAUCAACGUACGGCGUUCAACAACACCAACCCAGGCAUAUUCGAGAAAAACGUUUUACUGAUGUCAUACACUCAACUCUCAACCAAGGGGGUCGUGUCCUAAUCCCUGCUUUUGCUUUGGGUCGGGCUCAAGAACUUCUCCUUAUAUUGGAUGAGUAUUGGUCUAGCCAUCAAGAGCUCCAUAAGAUCCCCAUAUACUAUGCGUCUCCUCUUGCAAAACGAUGUAUGGCUGUUUAUCAAACCUAUAUAAAUUCCAUGAACGAUAGGAUUCGCAAUCAGUUUGUAAGCUCAAACCCUUUUGAUUUCAAGCACAUUUCUCCUUUGAAUAGUAUUGAGGGUUUUCAGGAUACGGGCCCUUGUGUGGUGAUGGCAAGUCCUGGUAGUCUUCAGAGUGGGUUGUCAAGGCAGCUCUUUGACAAGUGGUGUUCUGACAAGAGAAAUGCAUGUGUUAUUCCCGGCUAUGUGGUAGAAGGGACACUAGCAAAGACAAUUAUAAAUGAACCAAAAGAGGUGACACUUACAAAUGGACUGUCUGCUCCUCUCAACAUGCAGGUUCAUUAUAUUUCAUUCUCAGCUCAUGCAGACUAUAUCCAGACAAGUACAUUCUUGCAAGAGCUAAGGUCACCUAAUAUAAUUCUUGUUCAUGGAGAAGCUAAUGAGAUGGGAAGGCUUAAGCAGAAGCUCACUACCCUAUUCACUGACCAAAACACCAAGAUUAUUACCCCCAAGAACUGCCAAUCUGUGGAAAUGUACUUUAGCUCUGAUAAGAUGGCAAAAACUAUUGGAAAAUUGGCAGAAAGAACUCCUGAUGUCGGCGAAACUGUCAGUGGGUUACUUGUGAAAAAAGGCUUCACUUACCAAAUCAUGGCACCUGAAGAUCUCCACAUUUUCUCCCAACUUUUGACUGCAAAUGUACAUCAAAGAAUUACUAUCCCAUAUUCUGGUGCAUUUGCUGUGAUCAGACAUAGGAUCAGGCAAGUAUAUGAGAGUGUGGAAUCAUCAACUGACGAGGAUUCUGGAGUUCCUACACUUCGGGUUCAUGAUAGAGUUGUACUUAAACAGGAGUCUGAGAAUCAUAUUUCCGUGCAUUGGACAGCAGAUCCUAUUAGUGAUAUGGUGUCAGACUCUGUUGUUGCUUUGGUUCUAAAUGCAAACAAGGAAAUGCCUAAAUUGCUUGUGGAAUCGGAACCUGACAUAAAUAUGGAGGAAGAUGUGAAGAAAACGGAGAAAAUUAUUCACACACUAUUGGUGUCUCUGUUCGGUGAUGUUAAAAUUAGGGAGGAUGGAAAGCUUGUUAUAAAUGUUGACGGGGACACAGCAGAACUUGACAGACAAACUGGUGACGUUGAAAGUGAAAAUGCUAGUCUCAAGGAACGGGUUAAAACGGCGUUUAGGCGUAUCACAAGUGCAGUGAAGCCUAUCCCACUUUCAGCACCUUAAAUUAAGGUUUGUAGGCGGAUCCCGACAAUUCAAUGCUGUUGUAAAAGGGAUGAAAAUAGAGAUGUAAAAGAAUCACCUAUGGCUAAAUGUGAAAUCUGUGUUUAAAUUUUGGAAUGUUGUGUAAUCUUGGUGUAUUUAUUUCUUUGAUUUCUUCUACCUUUUUCUCUAUGUUUAGUCUUUAGGAAAUUGGAAUGUGAAAUGUGUAUGUUGUAAAGUCGACGUUGAGGGGGAAUGAAGAUUCUCUCUCAAACUUGAUUUUUCCGUACCUUAAACAUUUCAUGAUUCUGCUGAUGUAUUUUGACUGUGCUAGACAUUGAAUAUACUUUGACUAAUUUC